UGUGCUACUUGCUGAAGAGCAACAUCAGCCCAGACCUGUGCAAUGAAGAUGGAUUAACUGCACUGCAUCAGUGCUGCAUAGACAACUAUGAAGAGAUAGUGAAGCUUCUCCUCAACCAUGGGGCCAACGUCAACGCGAAGGACAACGAGCUGUGGACUCCACUGCAUGCAGCAGCUACGUGUGGUCACAUCAACCUGGUGAAGAUCCUCAUCCAGCAUGGAGCAGACUUGUUGGCAGUGAAUGCAGAUGGCAACAUGCCAUAUGACCUCUGUGAGGAUGAGCCAACCCUGGAUGUCAUUGAGACUUGCAUGGCCUACCAAGGAAUUACACAGGAGAGGAUCAAUGAGAUGAGAGCUGCCCCAGAGCAGGUCAUGAUCUGUGACAUUCAUGACAUACUUGCCACUGGACAAGACCUGAACAGGACUGAUGCCCAAGGUGCUACACUGCUGCACAUAGCUGCAGCCAAUGGUUAUCUGCAUGCUGCUGAAGUCCUGCUGGACCAGGGAGCAAGCCUGGAUGUUAAGGACUGGGAUGGCUGGGAACCUCUUCAUGCUGCUGCUUUUUGGGGACAGAUGCAGAUGGCUGAGUUGCUUGUGUCCCAUGGGGCUAGUUUGAGUGCCAGGACAUCUUUGGAUGAGAUGCCAAUAGAUCUGUGCGAAGAGGAGGAGUUCAAAGUGUUGCUUCUGGAGCUGAAACACAAACACGACGUGAUCAUGAAGUCUCAGAUGAGGCAUAAAUCCUCCCUGAGCAGAAGGACCUCCAGCACUGGCAGCCGGGGGAAGGUGGUGAGGAGGGCCAGCCUCUCCGACAGAACCAACCUCUACAGGAAGGAGUGUGAGAAGGAGGCCAUGGUCUGGCAGCAGCUGGGGGCAGCAGAAGAAGGAAGAAACUUGGGUCUCAUUGGAGAUAUUGGGGAGACUCGUUCUGACCAGGAGAAUACAGACCCUAAUUCAGUGCUGGAGAACGCCUCCCUCCUCCCAGAGUUAGCGAACAAAAGCACCCAGUGUGACUCUGAAAUCCCCCUGCAGAAUGGACUGCUGGCACCUGCCAGCCCUUACCAGUACCCCUUCUCCAACGGGGACGUUUGGAGCAUGCACCCCGACCCCGAGAGCACCCCAGGCCACGUAAUGCCCUACGGCAGCCCGGGGCUCCCUGACCCCCAGCACUUCUGGGGGGCCUACAAGGAGCACAACCACCACACGCUGUCGGAGCUGAAGCGGCAGCGGGCUGCAGCCAAGCUCCUCAGCCACCCCUUCCUCAGCACCCACUUCAGCAGCAGCAGCAUGGGAGGAGCUGCUGAGAACGGGGCCGAGGCCAAGUCUCACCUCCUUGGGUCCAGGACUUCCCCCUACAGCUCCAAUGGGACCCCAGUGUACUACACAGUGUCCAGCGGUGACCCGCCCCUCCUGAAAUUCAAGGCUCCCAUGGAGGAGAUGGAGGAGAAGGUGCAUGGGUGCUGCAGGAUUUCCUAG